AUGCCUGAGCGGCGAAAAUCAUUUGUCUGCAGUGUUGCAGGAGUGCGGUGUUUACUGCAACGAGGUCAGCCAGAGCUUGGCCGAGCGCCAGAUGGCCGCUUGGGCGAGAGCCCGGGGCGGGACUCCCGCCCCGGGCUCCGUCCCGCCGCAGGACGGGACGAGAUAAAAAAUAAUAAAAAACUCGUCGGUCCCGGGAUGGACUCGUCCCGUGCUCAUCAAUGUGACAAUAUUAUAAGCAAUUUUUACUCGAUCCGAUCCAUGGUGGAUACAGGCCGAUUCGAUGGAAAAUUGCCCGCAUACGCGUCAACGUUGAGGACUCACUCGGGGCCAGCCCUUCUUGCCAGCUUAUCCCCGCGACAGAACUCGAGCGACCAUCUCGACUCAGACUUUGCCAACUUAGCCUUCGAUCAUCUGUUCACGAUGCCCGCAUUGUAUAUUCCUCCCAAGGAAAUAUCCUUUCGCCUUCGUGGCUAUAGUAGCAACUGCUUCCUCUACUCCCGCAAUAACCCGGACCCUACAUUCAGCCACGACAAUGGAGGACCGCACGCCGAUCAAUGGUGGCAGCUUAUUCCGGGAACAGGGAAGCGCGCAGGGUAUUAUCUCAUCAAGAGCAAAUAUACGGGACAUGUGAUUUUCUCGAGGAAUUCACCCGAUCCCCGGAUCGGCCACGUCGAUGGAGACGGCAAGUAUGACGACAACUGGUUCAAGCUUGAGGCCGGCACCGGCAAGCUCGCAAACCACUUCCGUAUUCGAAACAUUGGACCUACCUCUGACACCGUGCUUUACUCCCGCGCCCAGGACGAACCUACGAUUUCCAACUGCCCAGGAAACAGCAAUGUCUACGACGACCAGUACUUCACAUUCAUCUUUGAGGAUAUGGCGAUAAGCAGAGUUGAGUACAAACUUGACAAGGCGAAGGUUCUUGGCUCUGUUGCCGAGGUCUUAGGAACAAUGACCAUGAAGAACGAUAGCGCUGUCAAUCAGACGGUCGAGUUCGAUUUCACCCGGACCGAAACCAAUUCCUCCUCCUUCGAUUACACAGUCGGGUUCACCAUCACCGUGGGCACCAGUGGAAAGAUUGGGAUUCCCUUGCUUACCGAGGGUCAGAUUAAAGUCGACGUAUCCAACUCCCACACGUUGAAAUGGGGCACGACAACCACUGAAUCCAAGACUUACUCGAUACGGUUCCCUGCAGUCGCUCCCCCCCGCCAUACAAUCACUGGGACCGGCACCGUUACACGCUCCAACAUUGAGGUUCCAUUCACAGUCUAUUCGAAAUCUGUUGCUACUGGGUUCGAGGUUGCGACCCAUGGCAUUUAUCGCGGUAUUACCUACUGGAACGUCCAGAGCAAGAUUAAGCAAGGGCCUCUCUGA